AUGGUCUCACUACACUCUCCGCAUGGAGCCAUGUUGCGGCUUUGCUUGUCAGUGGCUGCGACUUUGGCCGCCGCAUCGAGCCAGGACACCUGCACAGACGAUGGGUCCGGCUCCUGCGCGGCUGGCUCAGGUAGCGAGGACGGAGUUUGCUUCGCCGUCAUUGCGAAAGAGGACCACUGGAAAGAGCUGGAAGUAAGGGUUGCGCAGAUCCUCCGGCACCAGCAUUUCAAGUUCGUCAGCAGCUACAUCGUGCUUGACACGGAUGGGAAGAAACCCAGCGAAAGGCUUUCUGACAACGCGCAGAAGCUUGUCAGCAGCGGCUUGCUCGACAAGUGGCUAGUGGUGGACUACUCGCAGAAGUUCAUCAAGCGGAUCAACAAGACAGCUAACUGGGAUCCUUUCGAGCAUCCGCCAACGGCAGGCUUUAAGGACCGGCACAAGACCGUGUCUUUCAGCGAGUUCAACGAAGAUUAUGAAGACAAGGAGCGGCCAGCACACUACUUUGCCAUCGACCAGUGCAGCCAUGGCUACCUGGUAGUCGUGGAGAUCGAGGUGAUCUGGAUGAGCUAUCGAAAAUACUCCUGGGUCGCCGCAGGCUUGGAGCUCAUGAAGGACAAUCCGGGCCUGGUCCUGGUUCAGCCGGCCUACCCCGGGGUCGAAUAUCGACGAUUUCGAGAGAAGCCGACGACCAGAGAGAUUCGCAAGAAGUACAAGGAGCUGACGAACCCCAAAGUGGAGGCGGAGGACAUCACCUGCAGACAUCCCUUCAGCCUGCCCGGCUGGGUGAGCUUGGUGGAUCUGAAGCGUUAUCAUGACGUGGGGCCUCGCCAGAAAUAUCGUGAGUACCGCUGCGGCGGGCAGCUGGUGAAGGGCAAGAGGUGCCGGGACUACGAAUACCUUCGAGGCUGUGGUGGCAUGCGACUCUGGCAAGAUGCCCUUGAGUGCGUGGUGUGCAACCGCGGCUCCCUGCGCCAGGCCCAACUCACGGACUCGGACCGCGUCUGGGUGCAGAAGGCCCCCAUCACCUGCUUCCGCUCUGACGUUGGGGAUAUGAUCGAGGGGAUCAACCUGGUCGAGAACGGCACGGUGUUUCCAGUGUCUGGGGUUGACUUCACCCUCAAGCUGGAGGAAGACGAAGACUCCGAUGUCUGUAGUGACCUGGCAGCAAGCACAGCUGUUGGCACACUUCAAUCCGCCGUAGGUCCACAUGCGUCGGACAUCACCCCAGAAGCUUCGACCAUGGCCGAUGCGGAGGUCUGUUCCCAGGCGCUGCGCUACGCGCCCUUCGAGGAAGUCUUGGACCCCAAAGCAUUCGUGCAGAGCUCUUGGCUCUUCGGGCCUCCACGUGGGGAGCUUAACCCAUGGGCCUGGAACUUGUUUCGUGCCAACGGCUCCUCUCACUGCCGCUUUCCCACGAAACGUCAGGGGCGCAAGAUCUAUGAUCCAUGCGGCGCAAUGCCACGGAGCAAUCUCCGACGCGUCCUUGCUUUCUUCACAGGCUACCUGAACCUCACUCUGGACAUCGACACCCUGGCUUUCCAGUUUCAAAGUCCCGGGCAGCAUUUGGCGCUGCGCCCGACCGUGGAAGGAGAGCCGUGCCGCGGGCCCUGGGACUUGCACGACCUUCUCUCCCACGGAGGCUAUCAGAUUCGUCUUGUCCGCGCCGGGAGAUAUUUGCACCAGUGGUUAAUUCUGAACGCAACCUGUGGCAAUGCUAGCGCGACGCUGGAAUUCCGAGUUUGGCCGAGUUGCAUCGACCUACACGUGAUCCCGGAGGAUGGAGCUCUCGUGCCCGGCUUUCAGGAGGAACUCGGAGACGAGACAUCCAUGGUCGUGGGCGGGUCCGGCUACAGCACCGCUGCGUACUGCCUUCAUUGCCAGGGUACGUGCCUGUGGAGGAGGUUGCAAGCACCAUCUGGUUCACGCGCAUGUUGCCCGCUGGGCGAAGGGCUUUGUGGAUCUGGCCCUACAGCGGCAUGCUCGGUGCCCCUGAAUGAUUGGAAUGCUGCUGGACCAGUUCCACGGCUCACGAUUCGAGACAUUGCUGCUGAAGGGCGUUUCUGGCCCACCCUCUCUGAAGGAAACCCAUUGUUGGGGAAGCGCCCGAUCUGGGGUGACGGACAAGCUUGGAGGGUUGAGCUCACAUCCCGCAACGAGAGCAUCGUGCAAAACGAUGGUUACGAGGUUAUCUUGACGAAUCCGACCGCGGACAGCAUGGAUUUUCGCGUGAUCUUCCACAUCGCAGCCCCGAAGAAGAUCACAGGCGUGGCAGUGGCACUGCACAACGGGACCACGAAGCGACCUUCGGGAUUGCAUUUGCAAAUCAGCAAGAACUGGCACGACAACGAGUGCUUCUGGGACCGCAUCAGCUAUGACGGAGAGUGGUUUUCAGCUGCCGUGCAAGUGCGGCUGCCUGCCCGCAGCCGCUUGAAGGGUGAGCUCGCCGUGGCCUAUCAGUUCUUCGGCAAGCUACAUACGGUGUCUCAUGCGCAGCUCUGCCUCAUAGGUUGGCCGGGCUCCAAUGGUCUCUGGGAGGAGGUUGGCCUGGGCACCGAAGGCGAAUCCAUCACCUUCGAGCCAAACCUGCAACAGAGGCGAAACCUGGUUCUGGACACGCGACCCUUCCUCGUCUGCAAGAUGGAUGAGCCCAAAUGCACAUGCCAGAAGGAAGUCAAUGCCAGUGGAAGGUUCGCCCAGCACCUGUGCAACGUAGACAAGGUGGAGGGCUGUGUCGGCGAUGUAAAUGUCACUGGCUGGACCGAGAAUCAUGGCGGUUCCGACUUUCUGACGGCUAUUGAUCCUGGUGGGUCUUACCAGUAUUUAACCAAUGUGACAGUCACUCACACAUCGAACGGACCCCGGCUAACGAAUGCCACCUACUACGGUGUGACAGCAGAUGGUGCCAUCCGGGUCGAGCGGACCGUCUCAACUUGGGCCACAGAGGACUUCCCUCGCUACCUGCAUUCUUUUCGUUACGAGGUAUUGAGGAAUGUAACUUAUCGUCGGCUCGCCUUUUACCUGCUGGGUGGCGAUUGGUACAACUUCGUCCUGAACCCUUCGCUCGCCUACGGCUCGCGGAAGUUGGACCGCCACCUCACGAACAUCUCCUUGGACUUGGAGCAGUUUGAGUAUUCGAAGGACUUGAGGAAUCUGGAGUGCCAUGAGCCACCUUGUUGGUUUGCUCUGCUUACACAGUCGAAUCAGGAGGAUCGUCAUGCGCACCGUGGGCUGGUCGUCCGGCGCUGGCGCGGGCAGAUGGGGGGCCAGGAGCUGGCAAAAGAUCGAGGCUUCGUCUUCUCCGUCUUCGGCUCCCGGAACAUGGGGGAUCCCACGCCAACCCUCGGCCUGGAGCUGGGUCCAGGGAAAAAGAGCCUUCAGGCUGGGGACGUCAUCUCUGCAGAUCUUGAGCUGCUUCUUUACCCCAAGUCGGAAGACGUUUACUACGGGCCCUCUAUGCAGCUCCGCAGAUGGCUCACCACCAUGGAGCCCUGGGAGGUGGUUUGGCGCUCUGCCAUCGAAGCCCAGCUGGAGGUGCAGGUGGCUGAGGGAGUCCUCCAGCGCAGCUACCCGCCAAGAGUGGCUGUCAGCUCGGAAGGCCGUGCCGAGUUCCGCUUCCUUGUGCCUGCAGAAUACCCAGGCGUCGUGCCCCUAACGGUGGCGGGCGUGGCGCAGACAGGAGGCUGUCUCUGCAUUUGGGAGAACGGCUGCCAGGAGCUCGGGGAGGGUGGCGAGUUUCAAACAGACUACGUCAAGGGGGAAGGCUUUGCGCAUACCUUCAGUUUGAUGCCCUCACAGUUCGGUGAAGAGCUUCUCUUCAUCUUCGAGCAGGUCUGCAAGCAGGCAGGGUGA